AUGCACGUCAGUCUCAAGUUCAUUAAAAUUAGGACAGUGUACUGUUCAAUAACUGUGACAUUAAUAUUCGCGUUAUUUUAUUUAUAUAAUACUAGUUAUCUCAAGAAAACAGAAGUGGAAAUUGCACGUGUUACAACCAUACGUCCUCCUAACGAAACAACUGUUCACAAAGUUUUAAGACCGAAAACUACAACAAAAUAUAUUUUGCUUUGGACUGAUCACGAUUUACAUCCUUUCGUUUAUUUUGGUGAAGGAAACAGCAUUUUUACUAAACAAAAAUGUGGUUAUACCAACUGCUAUGUAACAAGUAACAAGGAGCUACUGAGGGAUGUUACUGAAUAUGACAUUAUCGCGUUCAAUGGGCCACAACUAGACAUUGGAGACUUACCGAGACUACGAUCAUAUCAUCAAAAAUAUGUUUAUGCUAAUAUUGAAGCUGCUGAUAACUAUCCUAUUUGUAAAGACGAUUGGAAUCACUUUUUUAAUUGGACUUGGACUUACAAACUAAACUCUGACGCUAUUUGGGGAUACGUUGUGGUAAUGAAUUCAAGUAACCACAUCAUUGGACCAGGUUUGGUAGUGGAUUGGAUGAGCGUGGACGAUAUGGAUCCUAUCGAUAUGGACUUGAAACAAAAACUAGCGACUAAACACAAAGCGGCUGCGUGGUUCGUAUCUAAUUGUAAUACAUUAAGUAACAGAGAAGAGUUUGUGAACGAACUUCAAACAUAUUUAGGUGACUUUAAUUUGAAAAUUGACGUGUACGGAGCAUGUGGUACUUUUCAGUGUCCAAAAGAGAUCAUGAAUAAAUGUUUAGACGAAAUGGAAAACAACUACUAUUUCUUUUUAGCUUUUGAGAAUGCUGUAAGUGAGGAUUACGUCACGGAAAAAGUUUUACUCGCCCUUAAUCACAACACCGUACCCAUUGUUUAUGGUGGAGCUGAUUAUUCAAGAUUUUUGUCUCCGGGUUCGUAUUUAAAUGCCAAGACAUUAGGCGCUAAGAAUUUAGCCAAAGAAAUGUACGAUAUUAUAGAAAAUCGCGAAAUAUAUUAUAGAUACUUCAGGUGGAGGAAGUACUAUAGGUUUGCUCGGAGAUUGGAGAAUCCAGAUUCUAACGAAUACUGCAGAUUCUGUGCCAUGGCCAACGAUGAAAAUCUAAUGAAAGAAACAAAAAUUUAUCAUAACUUCAGUGCUUGGUGGAGCACUCCAGAGAUGUGCGAUUUUAAUGAAAUUGGGAAAUAA